AUGCGGGACAAUACCGCCAAGUACAUCAUUAAUAGUUCUAUUUCUGAUGAAUUCCUACCGUACCUUAGAGACAAAGAUCCCGAGACACAGAGGCAGCUUACCUCAUCCGAGAUCUUAGAUACACUCAGAGCCAGCUUCGAGGUCAAGUCGACCCAGCACGCGAUUGAUAUCUAUCGCGAGAUGAUUACAAAGCGUGCCGGGAACAAGACAAAUAUGCAAGAUCAUAUCGGGCAGCUAGAGAACAUGCGAGACCAGUAUGCAUCGGCAUCUGGUGGCCAGAUCAUUGACGAGAAGAAUUUCCAACAAAUCAUUCUCGCCACACUCCCACGCUCGUGGGAUGCCUGGGCCUCAGGCUUCUAUGGCGCUUCCGAUGGCACCGGACAGAAGAUCAGCAGAUCUACAACCGAUCUUACUUCCGCCAUAUGGAAGGAAUGGAUUCGCCGUGGGAAAAAGGUGAUUUCCGACGACGAAGAUAGCGAUGACGAAGAAGAACGUCCCGCGAAAAAGAAGCGCACUCAGAAUGGCAAGUCUAAAAAGGAAAGACCGUACUGUAGCCACUGCAAAGUCAAUUCACACUGGUACAACACGUGCACUGCUAAAAACGCGUUGCUGUGUAAAUACUGUAACCACCCCCAUAAGGGGAAGUGCUUCGCGAAGUACGGGUACCCCGACGAUUGGGCCGGCCGGAAGAUUUCCCUAAAGGGGAAAGAAAAGGAAACUUCCGCCGGAAAUAGUGGAAAGAAGAGGAAGCGUGAAGAAGCGCAUACUUCCGAGGACAUUCAGAUUGCCGAGGACUAUGAAGUAAAUACAACUUCUGUACCUACAUCAGAUGAUGAUGUCGAGAUGGCCGAGUCCUCUCAAUACACUACUUGCUUCUAUUACUGGAUUAUCAAACCUUAA